GAUAAAUUUUCUCGAGGACUCACCAAUCACAGGAGUGAGCAACGAAAAAUCAGGGAUAUUGACUGAUGAGUCCAUGAAGAAUUGAGACGUUCUAGGUUGAUCCAUGAAUUAAUCCUUGAUUAUCGUAUUUCCUUUAUAUCUGAAUCUUCAGUUUUGUCAUUGCGGAAGGUGGUAACUUGUGAUUGCAGGAGGUUUUCAUUGGAUAUGUGAGCGUCACAACCUUGUACCCUAUCGCAUCCGGAAGAACGAGACAUCAUUCAACUUAUUGGGCUUCUCUGUUUCUCGUCGCUUUUUGCACCUGGAACUCAGAAGUAGUCAUACAAUGUCUGAUCCGACGGGUGCCAAUGCAAACGGCAUGAUGAAUGUGGGGAGUGUAGGCAAUGCUGGUCUGUCGGGGUCCAUUAGCGCGAAUAACUUUGAUCAGCUGGAUUCGGCCAGUGAAUGGUCGGACACGUCGUCCCUGGAUGGAUCCAUGUCGGGUGCCACCACUCCCAUUUUGCACCGGAAUUUCCCUGCGCCCCAGAUGGGGGAUGGCAGCGGUAAUCUGACGGUCACGCUGUCGACGGUCCCCUUGUCGGCUAGCUCGCGUGAACAGCUGCAGCGUGUAAUCGAACGGCUGCAGCAGGAGAACCGCGUUCUCAAAAUGGAAGUGGAUACGCACAAAUUGCGCAUUAAAUCUCUCCAGGAGGAGAACAAAUCACUGCGCCAGCAGAGCGUCAUGAUUCAAGCCAAGGCAGAACAGGAAGAGGAAUUCAUCAGUAACACUCUUUUGAAGAAAAUCCAGGUGUUGAAGCGAGAGAAGGAAGUUUUGGCACAGAAUUACGAGCAGGAGGAAGAGUGUUUGACAAAUGAUUUGUCCCGUAAAUUAAUGAAGCUUCAACGAGAAAAGGUGGAACUUGAAUCGACCUUAGAGCGUGAACAGGAAUGUCUGGUUAACAAGCUGAUGCGCAAGGUCGAGAAGUUGGAACACGAUAUUCAGUCGAAACAGCACUCAUUGGAGCAGCUGCGUCGAGAGAAAGGUGAACUGGAGAAUUCCCUGGAACAAGAACAGGAAGCUCUAGUUAAUAAGCUGUGGAUCCGGAUGACUAAGCUGGAGGCAGAAAAGCGAUCGCUUCAGCAGAAACUGGAGCAGUCGCCGCCGAGUAUGGAUACCGGUAGCGACCGCGCUGAGCCGGCUCGCAUAUCCCCCGACAGUCCAGACAAGCGGCAAGUUGAGUUGCUCAAGUCGGAAGUGGAUCGGAUGAAGUAUCUUCUGGACAGUACCGAACGAGAUCACGAAGAAAAAAUGCAGCUAUUGAUCAUGGAGGAGAAACACUUGAAGGAAGAAAAUACUCGUUUGCGCCGUCGAUUGCAGCAAGAAGCGGAACGGCGAGAAGAAAUCUGCCGGAACUUAUCGGAAUCUGAAUCCAGUUUGGAGAUCGAUACGGAGAGGGAAUUCAAUGAGCGAUUGAGCAGCAGCCGCAAUCGCACCAUGUCCAGUCCCACAGGAGUUGGGAGACGGGUGACUUCUUCUGGCCAUCAGGCACCAAUUCCUUCGCAUUCAGCUACAUUUCCGGUACCUUUCAAUGUCCCUCCGGCACCAACACGCGUACGCCAGUCACCCCAUCGAUUCGCCACACCAUCUCCUCUGCCACCACCAUCACCGAUGGACAUGUCGGAUACGCGCAGUGAUCAUGGAGGUGAUAUGUCGGGAAGUGAGAAUUAGCGGGAAGAUUUUUAGGCGAUCAGCAUGGGGAACAGCUGCAGAUGCUUUAUCAUUGGAUCGUGCAGUCUUGCACAUACUGUCCAUACUUAGGCAUGUACGAGCCAAAUUAUGGGAUAUUUUUUUGUUGUAUGUAUCACUGCACCUUUAGUUCUUUCUGCUGGUUGCGUUUAACAUGCGUUCUGUUUGUACAAAUAAUUUUCUUACUCAUAAACGAUUUGGUUUUUUUCACACAUGUCGAAAGUACACCCGAAAUAUUUUGUGCACUCAUUGGCUGAAAUGAAGAAUAUCAUCGGAACAAAUGAAUAAUAAAAUAAUAACACGG